UGAUUUUUAUCUGAAAAAGUAAUAUUGUUUGUCGGAUUUGUAGGGUCUGGAGAUUGAAACUACACGUGCAGAAAUCUAUGGAGAGAAGGUAACAAAACUAUCUGUUGCGUCGGGAGGAGUCUUCUCGAUGACAGGCCAGACCGGAAAGUCAAAAUGGAAUAACAAACGAAUUUGUUCCUUCAUCAGCCACGCGACUAUCAUCUCUAAAAAUCAACUCUUUUUCAUCUUUCCGCAUUUUUACUUUGCUUUAUCUCUCACUGCCACAAAAUUGACCCAUUUCCGCAAAGGGAUAAGCUCGGUUCCAGAGUGAUAUAAAUUGCUCCGGAUUGGGUUUUCUGUGAUGAAAAAAACCAAUGAUAUUGAUGGGUGUGUUCCCCUUUGAGCAAAGUUAGUGACUUGCAGAGGCGGUGGCAGGGAAUCGAAGGAUGAGCGCAGAGGACGAUGACUCAGAGGGGAAAAGAUUGAAACUUCGGCAACAGAAGGUGUUAAAUUGUGGUGUGAAGAAUUUUCAGCGCGAUCUGGUGGCUGGGGCGUUGAUGGGCGGUGUGGUGCACACGAUUGUUGCCCCAAUCGAGAGGGCGAAGCUGUUGCUGCAGACUCAGGAGAGCAAUUUGGCCAUUGUGGCGAGUGGGCGUCGCAGAUUCAAGGGCAUGUUUGAUUGCAUAGCCCGUACGGUCAGGGAAGAAGGCAUUCUCUCUUUGUGGCGAGGCAAUGGCAGCAGUGUUAUUCGUUACUAUCCUUCAGUGGCCCUCAAUUUCUCUCUCAAGGAUCUUUACAAAACCAUUUUAAGGGGUGGAAAUUCUAGUGAAAAUAAUCUUUUGCCAGGUGCCACUGCAAAUUUCGUGGCUGGUGCUGCAGCCGGUUGCACAACACUUGUACUGGUGUACCCUCUUGACAUAGCACACACGCGGCUUGCUGCAGACAUUGGAAGUACUGAAGUGCGCCAAUUUCGAGGGAUUUUCCAUUUCUUGGCUACCAUAUUCCACAAGAAUGGCGUUCGUGGAAUCUACAGGGGCCUUCCUGCAUCUCUUCAAGGGAUGGUGGUACACAGGGGCCUAUAUUUUGGAGGCUUCGAUACCAUGAAAGAGUUAUUGUCUGAAAAAUCAAAACCUGAGUUGGCGUUGUGGAAGCGUUGGUUUGUAGCUCAGGCAGUGACAACCUCUGCAGGGUUGAUAUCUUACCCGUUAGACACGGUUCGUAGGAGGAUGAUGAUGCAAUCUGGCAUGGAACAGCCAGUGUAUGAUAGCACCCUUGAUUGCUGGAGGAAGAUGUACAGGACUGAAGGGGUGUCUUCAUUUUACCGUGGUGCAGUUUCUAAUAUGUUUAGGAGCACAGGAGCAGCUGCUGUCUUAGUGUUGUAUGAUGAGGUUAAGAAAUUUAUGAACUGGGAAAGUUUCUAGCAGCACCAACGUUCGUUGAUUUCAUUUUGAUACCAGAGACUCAACUUCAAUACGUCAACAUGUUAUGAACCUUGAGGCUUAGGAUAGUUUUGUGAGGCACAAAUGAGCUCCAUUACAGUUCUUUAGUAAUGCCUCUUUCAUGGCAUUCCAACUCAAAGGCCAUGCCUUUGAUAUACUAAUUUUCCUCUGUAGUUUUCUGGACAGUGAAAGAUCAGAAAUCAGAAACGAUGAGAGGGGAUUUAGAUUCGUAACACAAAUCUUAUUCAUUGUUCUUUGUCUAAUUUUCAAAUACCAGAUGUCUGCAAUACUGAAUUAGCACAACUCUGCCACAGUUUAACAAU